AUGGGUGACGAAGAAGGUGACGGAGGAAAAGAAGUCAGCAGGAUUGGCAUUAACAAGUUGUAUGACCUGAUCAAGGGCCCCUCCCUCCAAACAGCUGACCGCAUGGAUAACCUCCGCUGCCCCAUUGCGGGACCGAUUAUGGUUCACUUCGAGCUUCAUUCAGAGUUGGGUAACGAAUCCGAGGAUUUUGGUCCGGAUGCCAUCGAACUUUUCAGGGAACGUUUCAGACCCAAUCAUGGAGACAGUGGUUGGUGCAGUAGCAGCGAAAAUGGGGAUAGGAACAUUGGGGGUGGGGACGGUGUGGUCAAUAUUGAGGUCAAGGUCGACCUGUAUUACUUACUCUUCCAGGUAGUCAAUGGUUUUGUGGGCGGCGGAGAGCAGUGUACGAGCACUAUCCCUCUCGUGUCGGAUGCUUCAAAAAAUAGUAGGGAGGUGGUCAAACAGCGCAGCAGUAUUCUAUUCGUACUGAUGGUUAAACUGCUCGAUUUGGUUAGAUGA